AUGCAUAUUUCACUUCCAUGUCUUUGUCUAAAUUGUUACAAAAAGAGCAGAAGGAAGGAUCAGUCUAAAUCUAAUCAAUCCACACAUGCUAUCAAAAGAAACCCAUCAGAUGUUAGAAAAUUGCAAGAAAAUAAACUCAAAGCGGCUCUUCAACAAGCAUCUGAUCAUGGGUCUCUUGUUAAACCCCAAAACAUGGAUGUUUCAGAGUCCAUUGACAUGGAAAACAAGAAUUUGGGAAGAUCAAGAUCGCUCGCAAGAUUAGAAGCUCAAAAAGAGUUUCUCAAAGCAACUUCUCUAGCUGCAGAUACAACAUUCGAGACUGAAGACUCCAUUACUAAUCUCCAUGAAGCUUUCUUGAAGUUCCUAACCAUGUAUCCAAAGUACAAGUCUUCUGAGAAGAUUGAUCAGUUGAGGGUUGAUGAGUACUCACACUUAGCUGACGAUGAUUCUAAGGUGUGUCUUGAUUACUGUGGAUUUGGGUUGUUUUCAUUUCUUCAAUUCGUUCAUUAUUGGGAAUCCUGUUCGAUUAGUUUGUCUGAAAUUACUUCAAAUCUGAGCAAUCACGCACUAUACGGUGGUCGGGAAAAAGGUACAGUUGAAUACGAUAUAAAAGCUAGAAUCAUGGAUUACUUGAACAUCCCUGAGAGUGAAUAUGGUCUUGUGUUUACUGUUAGUAGAGGUUCUGCUUUUAAGCUUCUAGCUGAAUCAUACCCAUUUCAUACAAAUAAAAAGCUGUUAACGAUGUUUGAUCAUGAGAGUCAAUCAGUGAAUUGGAUGGCUCAACGUGCUAAAGAGAAAGGAGCCAACGUUCAUAGUGCUUGGUUCAAAUGGCCUACGCUUAAACCAUGUUCAACCCAUCUGAGAAAACAGAUUUUAAACAAGAAAAAGAGGAAGAAAGAUUCAUCAACAGGUCUCUUUGUGUUUCCAGUUCAAUCAAGAGUCACCGGAGCAAAGUAUUCUUACCAGUGGAUGUCAUUCGCUCAGCAAAACAACUGGCAUGUGUUGCUUGAUGCAGGUGCGUUGGGUCCCUUAGACAUGGAUUCACUAGGGCUAUCUCUGUUUCGUCCAGAUUUCAUUAUCACUUCGUUUUAUAAAGUUUUCGGGUAUGAUCCUACUGGAUUCGGAUGCCUUCUCAUCAAAAAAUCUGUGAUUGGAAGCCUUCAGAAGCAAUCUAUUCGUAGUAGCUCGGGUAUAGUGAAGAUCAGUCCAGUGUAUUCUUCGAAUUUGAGUGAUUCCAUGGCCGGAUUCCCUCAAUUUGGUGAAACGGGAGACGACCAAGUCACCGGAGAAGAUGAAGUUAUGCCGGAAAGCCAUAACGGAACUCAGCUACGAGCUUUUUCCGGUGCAUUAACUCCUUCUCAAGUGAGAAAAGUAUACGAAACAGAGAUCGAACAUGGUAUUGGUGAUAGCCCUGUUUUUGAAGAAACAGAAAUCUUUUCUGUCAUGAAGACUCCUGUUUUUACUGAAGAUGAUUCACCUGAGGACUCGAUGUGGAUCAAUUUAGGCCAGACUCCACUAGGAUCGCAGCCUGAUAACAUUAGCUCGUCUUUACCUCCACCAUUUUGGUUUACAGGCAAGAAGAGAAACGACAAUGUGAGAAGAGUAGACAAAUUUGAAGCACAAACUCAAGAAGGCGAACAGAGAGUACAUAGUCCAGAAAUCCAGGAAGAAUCCGCAAUCGAGGGUUCUUCUAUACGAAGAGAACCCGAAAGGGAGUUUAGAUUACUGGGAAGAAGGGUAUCGUCUGGUUUAGAUGAUAAAGAUGAUUACAUCAGCGAUGAAGAAUAUUAUGAAGGUGAAGAAUCCGAUCGAAGGGAACCUGAGGUAAUAUGUAGGCAUCUUGAUCAUGUCAACACAUUAGGGCUCAGCAAAACGACAUCCAGGCUUCGUUUCUUGAUCAAUUGGCUUGUGACUUCAUUGCUUCAACUCAGAUUACCAGCUUCAAAUACAGAUGAAGACUCCAUUCCUCUCGUUCAAAUCUACGGGCCCAAAAUCAAAUACGAAAGGGGCGCAUCUGUUGCGUUUAACGUUAGAGAUAGAAUCACAGGGUUAAUUCGUCCUGAAAUCGUUCAAAAAAUGGCGGAGGGAAAUGGGAUUUCUCUGGGUGUUGGAAUUCUUAGUCAUAUAAAGAUUAUACAAAGCACGAAGCAGACUGGGGCUAUGGAUUAUACUGAUACAACGCUUUGCAGACCAAUGGAGAACGAGAAUCAUGAUGAAGGUGGAGGAGGGUUUGUGAGAGCUGAAGUUGUUACUGCUUCACUAGGGUUCUUGACUAACUUUGAUGAUGUUUAUAAAUUGUGGGUUUUUGUGGCCAAAUUUCUUAAUCCAUCCUUCAUAAGAGAGUAUGGACUUUCACCUGUUAUGGAAACCCAAGAAUCUUGA